AUGGGGACCUGGGAGUGCAUGUGCGUUCUGAAAGGGCACACCAGGUGGGUGUGGACACUGGCAGGGACAAGAGAUCAUUUGUUCUCUGCUUCUGAGGACAAGAGCAUCCGCAUGUGGAAUGUUGGCACGUGGAGGUGCGAGGGCGUGCUCCAAGGGCACACCCAUUACAUUUGGUCGUUGGCUGUCAACGACCGCUUCUUGUUCUCUGGCUCCUGGGAUGAGACCAUCAGAAUAUGGAGACGGGGGGAUGGGAUGUUCCAGCGAGUGCUUCGAGGGCACUCUGGUUACGUGUUGUCGUUGGCGGUCAGUGGUGAUUUUUUGAUUUCAGGGGAUUCCCGUGGAGUCAUUCGCGUUUGGAGCAUUGCCACUUGGGAUUGCGUCAGAGAGCUGAAUGGGCACACUGAUUGGGUGAUGUCAUUGGUAGUCAGGAGCAGUUUGUUGUUUUCGGGAUCGAAGGACAAUACCAUUCGGGUGUGGAGGGUCGGCACUUGGAAAUGCAUCCGGGUACUGAAAGGGCACACUGCCGAGGUCAUUAAGAUGGCGGUCACCAACGACUGCGUUUUUUCUGCGUCUUAUGACAAAACCGUUCGAGUGUGGGACAGAGUGGCGUAA